AUGUUGAUACUGGAAAAUCUAAAAGGGAUGGGAGGUUUAGGAAUAAGGAAUGUGGCCAUGUUUAAUAGAGCUAUGUUGUACAAAUAUGCAUGGAGAUGCGAUAAGCAGAAACAAGACCUCCUUUCAAGAUUGUACAGUGCCAAAUAUGGCAUUUUACUUUUGCAAGCAGGUGGGAAAGGAGUGUCAAAACCACAUUGGUCAUGGGGGUUCAAGGGGAUGUGUAGAGUAGCAACCGAAUUCCAUAAAGAGACAAGAAUGAAACUGGGAACAAGUAGAGAUAUCAACACUACUGGAGACAAAUGGGUGAACAACUCUGAGGUUUCUUUCAAAGCUAACACCAGUGUCCAAACAAGAUGCUCGAAAAUCCUAAAUACCUACAUUCCUGAAACUAGAAGGGAGGAUGAACAAAGGUGGUCAUUUACUAAGUCAGGCAAUUACUCGGUUAAAUCAGGAUAUGGAUUCCUGGUAAUGGGAAGUGAUGAUCACAGGAGAUAUCAAGAUGACAAGGAAGGAAUGAGCAAGUUGUCGGUGGCGGAUACCGGGAAAGCUAAGGACGCGGCUAGGGCGUCAGGGAAGAAGAAGGGGACGACUCUGUCCCAGCUGAAGAAGAGAGCUGUGCCGGCUGGCUCGGAGACUCCGAGUACCUUCAAGAAGCCAAAACCCCUACCUCGCCGUCUCGUGAAGAAAGACGAGUCGAAGGUUGCUGAGGGGGGAUGCCCUGAUGACGAAGAGAUGGGCGUGGACAAGCCGUCUCUGGUGGUGGACUUGGUGUCCAAAUCGAGGUCCGGUGGGCAUCCGGACGAGCUGGAGGACCCUCUUUCGGGAAUCCCGGCCGACGUCCGCUCUCAGAUACCGGCGGAGGUGGCCCGCCGAGCUAGGUCUUCGGGCGCCAAAGACAAAGGGAAGGAUGCAGCUGCUGCCGAGGAUGAGAACGUACCUGCUACUCCCCACUAUUCGUCAAAGGAUAGGGUGGCUAUAUGCCGCAAGGUUUUUAAGGCCGUCCCCGCAGAGUAUGUUGCUUCUCUUCCUGGCCGCAAGACUGACGCCCAGUUUGGUGCGAUCCAGGCCACUCUUCUCGACUUGUUCUGCCGCAUGGAAUUCUGCAAGAGUUGGAAGACCCGCACUGCUGAGGAGCUCAAAGCUCAGGUGGCUGAGUCCACCCACCAUGGCGACUAUGCGUUCAAGUCCAUUGAAGAGGUCCGCCUGCAGAUGCAGACGACCAUAGACCUUCAAGCGAAGGAGGUAGCUGCGUUGAGAUCUGACAAGGCCGAGCUGCUUAAGAAGAUCUUGGCGCAGGACAAGGACAUGGUGGCAAUGGUCGAGGAGGCCAAGACAGCGGCGGCGGAAAUACGGGCGCUUCAGGACCAGUUGCGGGAGUACCCUCAGGUCAAAGAGGCGGCUGAGGAAGCCGAGCAUCUUCGUGGGGAGCUGGAGACGGCCAGAUCGCAAGUUCGCACCUUGCGUGAGCGUCUUCUGGAAUCCUAUGAUCAGGGGGAACAAGCGACCAAGGACGCUGUUAAGCACGCCUGGGAGAGCCACAUGUCAGAGUAUGAUCUUGGGUGGUUCCAGCGGCGAAUGGAGCACAGUGCCGCUGUGUUGGCUGCUGAACGUCUUGGUCAGCCGCCCCCUGAGUUUGUAUCAUCUGAUGACGAGGACGAUGCGGCCGCUCCCUGAUUUGCUUCCUUUCCUGCUUUUUUUAAAAUUUUAUUCAAGCGUUCCCGUGCCUAAGGGCAAAAACAAUUAUGUUGUAAAGUUUUGGCGCUGAUGGCGUCUGUAUCAUUGUGCCUGCUGAGCACACAACAAUUUUCUUUCUUUUUUCUGGUCAAGAAUUCUGAGCUACUUUUACACGCCUUUCUACGGGCGUUGUUUUAUAAGUAAAUAGGUUUUUUGAUGCUUCUCUUAUCUCGCAUUUACUUGCUCUUCAUAAUUUGAUUAUUCCUUAAUUAAUAGGCUUAAUCAAUAGGUAUGAUUGCCAAGGUGCAACCGAGUGUACACUAAGCACGUUGAUGCCGCAGGCAACUGAGUAUGCGCUAGGCCCUACUUUGGUCGUCACUUUCUUUGGCGAGCGUGUCUAUAACGAUAUUGAUUGACGCAAGUCAAUCAAUAGGUAUGAUUGCCGCUAGACAUGCUCGUCAAAUGGACUGUACGGCCAAACGUUCGUGCCGCCUAACUUUGAGCAAACAACCUUUGUUUCGAAGUUAAUCGUGCCGCUGAACUUUUGAGCGGACAACCUUUGUUUCCAAGUGGUUGGUGCCGCUGGCAACUGAGCAUGUGCUAGGCCCCACUGUGGUCGUCGCCUUCUUUGGCGAGCAUGUCUAUAACGAUAUUGAUUGGCGCAAGUCAAUCAAUAGGUAUGAUUGCCGCUAGACAUGCUCGUCAAAUGGACUGGCCGGCCAAACAUGCGUGCCGCCGCGCUUUUUAGCAAACAACCUUAGUCUCUUUGAUAUUGGUGCCGCAGGCAACUGAGCAUCCGCUAGGCACUACUGUGAUAGUCGCUUUCUUUGGCGAGCGUGUCUAUAACGAUAUUGAUUGACGUAAGUCAAUCAAUAGGUAUGAUUGCCGCUAGACAUGCUCGUCAAAUGGGCUGGACGGCCAUAUUUUCGUGCCGCCGCACUUUUGAGCAAACAACCUAUGUUUCAAAGUUGUUCAUGCCGCUGGGCUUUUGAGCGAACAACCUAUGUUUCAAAGUUGUUCAUGCCGCUGGGCUUUUGAACAAAUAACUUACGAUUUAAGUUUAUUUGUGCCGCUGGCACUUAUUAUGCUGUACUGGUCGGCCAGCGGCUUGCUUAUAUUGGGAGGGGAGUUGGAUAGGUGAUCAGCCUACAACUUGGUGCUAAUCUGGGCCACUUCUUAGGCUUCAAACAAUUAGUCUUGCUGAGUUUUUGCUAAUCUGGGCCACUUCUCAGGCCGUCAUACAAUUAGGCUUUGGUUAUGCAUUGGAGUGUAUAUUUUUAUAUUCAUUGUGCGAGCAAUAAAUAUUACGAGACAAAUAGAGUAGUAUUAUUUAUAACUUUGCAAGGCGAAUUUAGCCGGUUACAAAAGUAAUUACUACCCUACUAUGACCAUUAGAGGCCGCCCCUUGGGCAAUGGAUCGUGGUAAGUAAGACAAGGCUUAGCACAUAUCUAGAAGAAAUAUUUCUUGAGAUUGUCGGCAUUCCAAGUGCGCGAAAUAGGGCGGCCUUGCAUGUCUUGAAUGCGGUAGGUUCCAUCUCUAACUUCAUCAUAGAUCUCGUAAGGUCCCUCCCAAGUGGGCGUCAGCUUACCUUGUUCAUUUGCUCGUCCUGUGGACUCCAUUUUUCUGAGGACAAAAUCUCCCACUUUGAGCACUCUAUUAGAGACUCUCUUGUUGUAUUCUCUUGCCAUCCUUAUCUUGUACAGCUGUUGUCUGAGCGCUGCAUUUCCUCUAACCUCGGGCAGAAAGUCCAAGGCUGCUUUCAUUGUCUCCCAGUUAGCAUUUUCGUCAUA